AUGGAGAACUUAUCAACGGCUUACUAUGUUUUUCAUUCGGUUGGCAUUUUAAUGAUAUUUUCCAAUUUGGUGUUAAAUUUGCAUAUUCUACGAAAAUUUGUUAACGAUUGGAAAACAUGGAAAAAGAUUGAUUACCAAUUAUUUUUGGUUCGUAUCAUUUUAGAAGUCAUAAAUAUGUUUGCAGCUGUCAACUACUUUGUUUUGUCUACUGUAGAUAUCUUUUCUGAUAUAAUUCCUUAUGAAUUUAUCAUUACACCGGGUAUAAUAGCUUACAAUUUUUUUGAGGCUCGAUCAUUUCUUGCCGCCAUCAUUUCUGUAGAACGAACUCUCGCAACAACAACUCCAAUAUAUUUUUAUAAUUAUCGAAAAACCAUCUCUAAUUUUCCAAUUUAUAUAUUUUUAAUUACAACUUCAAUUGUAUGCAACACAGUUCUUUUUAAAGUCUGUAAUUUUCAAUUCGAAAGAGUGGAUGGAUGUGCAAGUUUCUACUGUUCAUUAACUACUUGUUUUCAAUCAUAUGCUGUUAUAACCCGGAUAAUCUAUACAUCUACCAAUAUUGUUUUCUCUACUAUUUUAAGCAUACAAUUGAUAUUUCUUUCAUGUAAAAGCACAAAAAUAUCCAGCGAUCUUCAAAAAGCUAACCUUUUAUCAUUGACUGAUGCUAUAUCAACAUUCAUUUUUGAUCUUCUGCCAUCUUUAAUAAUCAAUGUUCGACACAUUGAAAUCAAGAGUCUUGGACCAAUAAUCGGGACACUUCGUUCAACAGGACGUUUAGUUGAAUCAAUGGUUGUGGUUAAACUGAUGAGGAAAGAUACAUCGGUUAAUCAAAUGAGAUAA